UGCGCGCGUUUGAACGGAACGGAAUAAUUGUCACGAAGAAUCGUCACAGCCGGAGUUAUUUCGACGAAUUAGCAACGGACUAACAAGACGAGAGUCAGCGUAGUUCCCUAGCGGUAACCGCCGCGCCGCCUGGUCCGGUGUGACUUCGGAUCUUUCACGUACCGACGCUAACGACCGCCAUUUAUCUAUCCAUCUAUCCUCGACAAAAACGGAAACCUCGCUAGCAACAGCGAUAAAUAAUAAUAAAACCAGGAUUUACGACGACGGCCGAGUCCCUCGGCGCGCUCAUUUUCCACCGCCAGCUUCUGCCGGUAUUUAUCUCGCAUCGAAGGGCACCGACGAUUCAUCUCCGCCUUGAAAUGCUAAAUGAGCCGUGAGGAACCUUGGAAUUGGCGAUACAUGUACGAACUGCAUAAUAAGGAUCGAUCCUCGACACGCGCAACAGUUUCGAAAACGUGAUUUCCUAUUACAAAGUCAGUGGCACUCGAAGUGGAAGGCUAACGAUGUCGACGAGACCGGAUGGCCAUCCUCAUCCGCGACUCUUGGACUCCGGAGUCUGACUGAAAACAAUCGAAUCGCGCUUCCUGGAUGAGAAUUCGUCGUGGUAAUUCUCUGGAUAUUAAAAUUUCAAGUUCCCUCGGACUUUUUGUAUUUCUCGAUGAAGCUGGUCAAAGAAAUUCGAGAGAGGUUGGUCGGAAAAUCAUGAAAAAUUCUUCAUUGGCUACUGUAGGUUGAAUGUCAGAGACGAUGGGUUUCAAUUUCGAUGAGGGAAGUGUUUGCCGAAUAAUAAACUUUGAAUGUACGGCAAAUAAUGUGGCACCAGCCUACCAGCAUGACAGGGAAAGCCAACGCGUGUCUCGUUUAGUCGAUAGAAACGAACUUGAGAGGCGAGGAGGAGGAUAGCAUGAGGCUCUUUUGCUCGCAGGACGACACGCCGUCGGCGCCCAAAACAAAGGAUGGGAAACAAGGGGAAAAGAGAGAACCAAGCGGGAAGGAUGUGGAUCGUUUCGGUUAUUAUCAGAUGAUCACGUUUGCGAUAAUCAGCUUGCCUCUGUUUUUGUCAGCAGGAUUCACGCUUGCUUACGUGUUUACCGCCGGCGGAGUUAAAUACAGGUGUUUGGUGUCAGAAUGCGAAGAUCCUGCCAAUACGACAUUUGACACGCCAUGGGCCGUCGAUUCUGUUCCCGAUAUCUCAGAAAUGUCCAAAUGCACCCGCUACGUUGUCAAGAAUCAUUCUGGCGAGUGCACGAAUCUUUCGUUCGGCAACGAGACUCGCCAAUGCGAUUCCUGGGUUUACGAUCCAACGGAGAACACGAUACUCAGCGAGUGGGGUCUCACUUGUGAUGCCAAUCGAUGGAAGCUCACGUUGGUGGGCACGAUAAAUAAUGUCGGUCAAUUCGUUGGGCUGAUCUUCGCCGGAUACGUAUCCGACAGAUACGGAAGACGUACGAUUUUGACGCUCACCACGUUCCUGAGCGGAAUCAGCGGCCUCAUACAUUCCUUCUCUGUGAAUUAUUGGAUGUUUCUCGCGUUCGAAUUUAUCGAUGCGACUGUCGCGGCCGGUAUCUACAGUGCUGGAUUUAUUUUAGGAAUGGAAAUGGUAGGAGUGAAGGGCAGAGUUUUAGCGAGCACCAUCAUCUGCUGCAUGUUCGCGGUCGGCGAGAUGUUGUUGGGAUUGAUCGCGAUGUGGAUGAGAUCGUGGCGUCUAGUCCUCCGAAUGGUGUAUGGACCGGCGUUGCUCGCCAUCUUGAUGCCCUUUCUGAUCCCGGAAUCGGUCAGGUGGCUUUUGGCGAAUGGAAAACACGAACAGGUGGAGGUGAUUUAUCGCAAAAUGGCGCGCAUCAACGGGCUUCAAGUCUCCGAGGAAUCGAUCAAGAAGUUUAAGGAAUUGAACGCGAUCAAGACCGACAAGGCAGAGGAGCUAGCAGGGGAGAAGAAGAGCCCAAUCCUACAAGUCUUGAGCAGCUCGGUGAUGAUGACGCGGUUGAUGGCCUGUUCGUUUUGCUGGUUGACGAACACAUUCGUGUAUUACGGACUGUCUUUGAACUCGGUGGCCUUUGCCGGCGACAAAUACGCUAAUUUUAUAUUGGUCGCUAUCGUCGAGAUACCGGCCUACUUCUUAACCUGGUUCAUGACCGAUUACGUGGGCCGUAAGAUCACCUUAUCGUCGACGUUCUUGUUGAGCGGUGCAUUCUGUCUGGCGAUACAAUUCGUGCCAACAGGUUCUUGGACGUUUUUACCUUUGAUUCUGUACAUGGGAGGAAAGUGGUGCAUCACAAUGUCCUUUUCCACGGUUUACAUUUACACGGCGGAGCUGUUCCCCACAAACAUGAGACACUCUCUCCUUGGAAUUUGUAGCAUGACCGGCCGCAUGGGGUCAAUAUUGUCCCCGCAAACUCCACUUUUGGCACAAAUCAUGCCCGAGCUGCCGCUUAUUCUUUUCGGAUGUAUGGGCCUGUCCGCGGGACUUCUGUCUCUGAUAUUCCCGGAAACAUUGGGAACGAAACUUCCGGACACCGUGUGCGAGGCGGAGAACAUCGGCAAGCCGCAGCCAAAUCAAGGCACGCAGGAGCCUUAAGCAUGGCGAGAUGCGCGAUGCACCGCGACGCGUUCGAUCCAAUGCAAGAGGGGGAAACGGAAAGAAGGAACGGGAAGCUUCUUAAAAGUUUCCGAAGCAAGUAUCGUUGGACCCCAAAAAGCUUGAAACGCGCGAAACUUUUGGAAGCAAAAGGAGCUCAACGCGCGAGACUUUCUUCUUUCUUGCCCUGUUGCGUCCCGUUGGAAAUCGAUGUAGUUCGAUCCUCAUCAACAUUCCAUAAAAUCGACUCACGCGUUUCUUAAUCGUUUUUCGCUUGUCGUACAUUAGGGUGGUCCAUAAACUUUCUUGAUUUCUUUUCUAUUGAAAAUUCAAACAUAAAUUAAGAAAUAUUGUAAAAGGUAAUGACGGAAGAAUAAAUCAAGGUAACUUAUGGUCUACCCUAGUAGACAUAUCUGUUUAAGGAGAUGUAGGAGGUCAUGUACGAUUUCAAAGAAUACCACAUUUUGCGGCUGUAGAGCAACUUUUAUUCACCAUCGACAAGUUUUUCACGCAUUUAAUUAUUCCGUAUCGCUGGUUGCUCAUCGUUGAUGUGUUCGUGUUAUUUGUCGUCUGAACUUGUAUGUACUGAUGAGUCAGCCUCCGUAUGAUGCUUCCCGUUAAGAGAAAACAUGUUAUACUCAGGUAUUUAUACAGUAUUGCUGCAUCGUGCGAGCAAAUGUAUCGGUUAAUAGUCGAAUCAGCUUCGUUUGAUUCUGGUAAACAUAAUUGUUGUCCCAGUAUGCAUAGCACCGUGCCAUGAUAGAAGAAUUUGGCGAAGCCAUAGCAAUAAUUUAAUCUUAAUUUAUUGUCUCUCGAUAAUCGUAAAUAUAUUCCACGACGGAUACGUAGUAUUUAAAAAUGUGUAGUACAAUUAUCGACGCAAAUAGGAUACAGUGAAUAAUCGUGCACAGGUAUAGAUAAUUGAAUAAUGUAAUGAUGAUUUUAUGCAAAAUAGCAUUUAUUGCAGUUCAUUGCCACAGGUAUUAACACAUCGUCGAAUACAGUUACGUCUAUGGUAGUUCUCUCACGCACAUUCCCAUUUAUAAAAUAUAGCGUGUAGCGUGAAAAUCAUCGAUGUCUCUCUACCGUAUAGGAAGGUAGACAAUUUAUUUUUUUAUAUACGAUGGAUCUAACAAUCGUAUUGUUAAGUUAAUGUAUGUAUGUGUAGGGUAUGUUUAAAGGAUGACAUAUAACUUUACAUGCUUGUAGUAAUCGCUAAGCCGAAUACAAAAUGUUUAAUCAACGCAGAUUUUGAUUAAUGUAUCCAGACAUAUUUAUCGUUUACCGUAGGAAAACAGAGAGUUAUAUUAAUGUAUUGUUUUAAUCUAUGAAUAUUUACUCAAUUUAAUUAUUUGGCUCGUUGAUCGGCAUUGAUCAAUGACCAAACGAAUAGAUGACUAAUUAAUCACAAUAUCGGAACAGAGAAUCGCUGUUUAUUUGGGGAAGAUUCAUUUACAGACCUGCACACGUUGACCAAUGAUAUUUUAUUUCGUUUAGCGAUCGUUACAAGCCUACGAACUUUCGAACCAAAUACACUCUGUAUUCAACGAAGUAUAUGCAUACAUCGGACGUUAAUAUUCA